AUGGACAUACCCCUUAGUCUUUUGUUGAGAAACUUUCAGUGAAAGAGAAUGUCAGAGCUUGUAAAAUUGUCAUCGUCUCUGAGAUUUUUAAACCCAAAGAUCUCACUUUUGGUUCCUCGUCAAAUCUCGAGCUCCCUCUCUCAACGGAGAAAAUUCAAUUUUUUUUCUUUUCCCGAGAAGACCAGCGUGGUAACGAAGAGAAUCAGAGCAGUCGAUGCCCGGAAGCAGGACGGUGGCUUACAAGAGCUCGAUGACUCGCCGGUCUCGGUUGAGCUCGGACCGAUCUGUAGCGAGAGCGACUUCGAUCAGGUGAUGGAGGAAGCUCAGAAGCUCGGUGAAUCAGUUGUGAUUGUCUGGAUGGCAGCUUGGUGUAGGAAAUGUAUUUACUUAAAACCCAAACUCGAAAAGCUCGCUGCUGAAUUCUAUCCAAGACUGCGGUUUUAUCAUGUUGAUGUCAACUCCGUGCCAUAUAAACUUGUUUCUCGUGCAGGAGUUACGAAAAUGCCAUCAAUACAGCUAUGGAGAGAGAACCGGAAACAAGCUGAAGUUAUAGGUGGCCACAAAGCGCAUUUUGUGGUUAACGAAGUCCGAGAGAUGAUAGAGAACGAUUUCAUCAGUUGAAAUUAACUGUCUCAAGACUCUGCUCUGCUCUCUCCUCUGCUUCUUAGUUUAUGAGCCGUGAUUUAAGACCUGGUCUUGUUGUUUUUAUCACGUUUCUGUAACAGGGUUUUGAAGAAAACAGUAGAUUAGUUAUUUUGUAAGAUGUUUUGUUUUCUCCAUAUAUAAACAGAUUCCGAAACAUAUAUAGCAAUAUCAAACCUACCGAGGCUUUGAUGAGCAACACCUGUGACAUCUUUUAUCGAUUUAUUUCUCUACAAAU